AUGGCAAACUCUUCCCCUGUCUACAUCUUAGGGCUUGGAAGUAUCGGAUGUUUUGUCGCCCAUUCUCUCCGCUCUCUAGCUGAUAAACCCCCCAUUACACUCCUGCUUCAUCGAGAGUCUCUGUACAGCGAAUUCAACUCCACGGGACAGAAAAUAAGCCUUCAGGUCGGGGAAGACGGAGAUGGAGACGAUCAAUCCGGCUUCAAUGUUGAGGUCUUAGGGAGCGAUUCCACACCCACAUCGCCAAUCCGUUGCCUGAUUGUCACAGUCAAAUCAUCGAUGACAGUAGACGCCAUCAAACCUGUCAAAGAAAGGCUCGGGCGAGAUUCUGUUAUCUGCCUAUUCCAGAAUGGCAUGGGCCAAGUGGAAGCAUUGAAUGAGCAGCUAUUCCCCGACCCAGCCACACGCCCAACGUAUAUGUUCGGAAUCGUUCGGCAUGGCGUCUACCUGAAAGCGGCCUUCCAAGCUGUAUUGGCUGGUCGCAAUGGCUGCGUCUCCCUCGGCUUUGUAGACGCCGAUGCCUCAGAUGUAUCCCGGCCGAGGAAUCGGUUUCUUAUCGACACCCUUCUUCGAUCAGCAGCUCUCAAUUGCCAGGAAUUGGAAUGGACAUGCCUUUUGCGCGAUCAACUUUUCAAGCUGGCAGCAAAUUGCGUCCUCAACCCUCUCACGGCGCUGCUCGAUGAGAUAUCAGCGGUGUUUGGCCGGCUGCCAGAACUCCAGAAUCUUUCUACCGAUGAUCCCUCAUGCUUCUCCCCCGUGUCCUUGGAGGCCGUCGUCAUGGACACGAUCAGAAAGACAGCGGGAAACUCCAGCAGCAUGCGGGAGGAUAUCCGUCAAGGGAGACCGACGGAAAUCGAGUUUAUUAAUGGCUGGAUAAUCAAGCGCGGCAGGGAACUGGGGGUGGAAUGUGUGGCCAAUUCAUCUCUAACUGAACUGAUCCGGUCUAAGAGUAGUCUAUCUCGUUAA